AUGACCAAGAGUUGUGGGCGACGAAAAUUCUCCUGGUUUGAGGGUCACGGGGAAUUGGUUCGACGAAUCCCUUUAAUUGAUCGUGAAGCGUAUGAUCAUGCGAAAGCUUAUGACUAUUUGCCAGCGACGAAAUCGACAAAACCCAUAAUUCGAUGCAAAAUUUACUGUCUUACGGAUGCGAUCAAAGUGAAGAAAGCCUCAAGAUUCGGACCACAUCCUCCUCGAAAAUUUUAUCCUUACAAGGAUAUUCAUCGAUUUUAUGCUUUUGCUGACUACCCAGAUAUUCUUAUUCUUGGAUGUGCCGAUCCGGAAAAAGAUACCAAACAUUACGAGUUCUUCAGACUGAACGAGAAUCAUGUGCAGGAAGUGUGCCAACUAAUAGAACGCGCGCAUCGAGAUCCAAUGUAUCGACUUGUGGAAGAUGACGGUGGUCCACAACGUUAUCAAUCUUCCCAAUCCAGCCUAACCGGGGAUACGGAUACCGUACAGGAUGAAACGGAAAUUCAGAAAACCACAGAAGGAACCGUUUCUGCUACGGUGGACACGAUUCCCUCUGAAGAAGUGAAUCCAGUAAACUCCGUGGAUUCAUCUUUGCUAUCUCCAGACGAGUGUGUAAUUGAAACGGAGCUGGUCAAUCACGAAGAAAGCCCACCUGAGGAAAAAUCCAAGUCCGUGCUGAGCAUGGUCCCGGAUCAUAUACGUCGCGAUUCACUAUUCCAAAAACUGUGUGCUAACCUCGAUGAAAAUGAGCUUUUGGCAGUGGACAUGAAAUACAUCGAACCAGAUGGAAAAUUAGGCAAUCAAAUAUCGAACGAGGGUGCAAUCUAUGUAUUUGUGGCACAUCAUAAGCACUCCGACAAUGGGAGUCAUUGUAACGGGACAGAACAAUAUGACCAGGAAGAUAGCACAGCGGAAUCCGGUUUCACCACAACAUUCACCACAGUUCAAACAGAUUCUUGA